AUGACGAAUAUUUCACCACAGGACGAGACUUGGGUUCAAAUUGACCACCGCCCUCUGUUUCAGUGGAACAGCUGUGCAGAGUUCUUGGAUCCUCCAAAGACGGUAAAAAAACAUGAAAUACGCAGAAUCGACAUCUAUGACUUCGACAAUACCCUUUUCAAAUCGCCCGCCCCUAAUCCUAACUUGCUGUCUUCCUUUAUGAUCAAUGUGCUAACCGACCCAAACAAGCUGAGCAACGGCGGGUGGUGGAGCGAAAAACGGUUUCUGCAAGAAUCAAUUGAUGAGUGGAUAGCCGCGAAGAAGAACGCAGGCACUGAUACCGAUGAGGUCGACGCAACAUACUGGAAUAAGGAUGUCGUUGAGCUAACCAGGCUUUCGCAGCAGGACCCGCACACGCUAUCCAUUCUGAUGACCGGCCGCAAAGAGCUGCUUUUCCAAAGCGCACUGAGUUGCGUUCUUGAACAGCCGGUCUUUGGCCCCAAAAAACUGCAUUUCAAUGGUGUCUUUCUGAAAAAACCUAACUUUGAGACCACCAUGUUGUACAAGACCACUUGCCUGACGGACUUGUUAAAGCAUUACAACAAUUGCGAUGAGAUAACCAUUUACGAUGACAGGGUCCGCCAGCUACAAGGAUUCAAAAAGUUCUUGAAUGAAUUUGUGGAGGCCUUACGCCCUUCACUGCAGUUUAACCUUAUACACGUUGCCGGGUUAAUCAAGUACCUGAAUCCGCCGCGCGAGCGUUCGACCAUCACGACGAUCUUUGAUGAGCACAAUGCUGCGGUCACUAAAUGCAUAUAUCAACAGCAGGAGAGCAAAACUGGAAGCUUCUAUAUGGGCAAGAUGUAUGUCAAAGAAAAGCGGCUGGGCGCCGCCUACAUUCUGACAACUUUGUCACGCCAAAAAGUACUGAAGCUGACAAUGCGCAAAUUUGGGCAUAUGAAGGAACUAUUCAAUGAUAGAACCCAUUUUACAGCAAAGUUCAUCCCUUGUACCCCCCAUGGGACCAUAACCUCACAGAAGGUUGCAACCAUGGUGCUGGAAGGCUCUCAUGAAGAGCCCACAGAAGAAACAAUCGAAACAACAAUGAGCCUCAUGAAUAGCGGUAAGGAAGAUCCAAGAAUCCAAUUUAGACUUACUAGAUUUGGGAGGAGCGCUCGAGGCAUAUUUGUAUACGAUGCAGAACCUGUGCCGUCUUCUCGCUUCGUAUACUCAGACUUUCCUGCGCUACGGCUUGCUGUCACUGCCGCGGCCGACCAAGAAAGUGAGACUGCGAGCGAACUGUAUGAUGACGACCAAUUUCAAUGGACAGCGCUAGAUAACGACGACACUACCAUCGAGACAAACUUCGGAUACGAGUUUGUUAUCACUGCAGUGAUGGGCAAAAAGCCCAAAAGAUCCAAGAAACAAACUACUUUCAAGAUGCGUCAAUAA